AUGGAAGAGACAAUCGACUUGGAUUUUGAUGAAUAUGACGACUUUGAAUCUGUUCGUUUGCCGGGUGUUGAGCAUAAUAUUUCUUUGGAACAAAGCAACGAAAAGAAAAAGUUUGUAUUUAAUGGGUUUGUGAAUCCUUAUCAAGAUGCAAUUGAAUGGGUUAUGGAGCUUAUUAAAACUUUGUUCUUUGUUCCUCAGUUUCACAUAUGUGGUCGAUUUAGGGAGAGAUGGAAUUUAAAUGUAUUAGAACUAGUGGUCUGUUUGGUUUUCUGGUUGAUUUAA